AUGCAUCACUCACCAACCAUCGAUCCACAAAAGCAAAAGCCAGAAAUGAUUAUUUUCUAUAAUAGCACCAAAGGUGGCGUCGGUACAUUAGAUCAGAAAUGUGCCAUUUACUCAACUUCUCGACGCACACAGCGCUGGCCAAUGGCGGUCUUCUAUAGAAUGCUGGAUAUUUCUGCAGCAAAUGCGUACAUCAUUAGCAGCAUGAACCAAUCUCAGAGAAAGGUGCCCACACUGAAUUUCAUGAAACAACUGGCUGAAGACCUUAAUACACCCCAUUUACGACGUCGAGCGAACCAGUUUGGAUUGCAAAGGGAACUUCAGAACGCUAUUCGCCGGGUUCUCAAAAUAGAUGAAGAACCCAGAACAUCUUCGGCAGACAGCUCUGACAAAUUAGGAACCACCCCAUUUACGACGUCGAGCGAACCAGUUUGGAUUGCAAAGGGAACUUCAGAACGCUAUUCACCGGGUUCUCAAAAUAGAUGA